AUGCUGGGAAGGGACAAAAGCACUGCUCUAGCUGCUGAUGGAAGCAGGUUACUGGGUGUCGAAGAAAAAGGCACAGGUCUGCAAGGAGGAGUUAAAGUUUCAGGUAUUGUCCCUUGGAUCCAUCAUUCAAGGGUGAAGAGAGCAUACCACGCAGACCCAAAAAACGCUGAGUGGACUGCGCAGAGGAACCCUGCUGACCCUCAAGAGACUAAGACCAUCCUUAAGAAGAAGGAAAAGAAGAUCCUGGACGAGCCCCUUCAGGAUGAAGGGGCACAAUCAACUCCUGCUGCUUGGUCUCAUCAACGGACAACAGAUAUCAUGAUUAAAGUAGAGGCCUUGACUAAUUUCACAAAACAGGCCCUCCUAGAUAGAACAAAAGCCAUCCAAGCCUUAAAUGAAGAGCAAAUCCAAAUGAGAAAAGCGAGAAAAGAGACUCUUAUUUAUAAUGAGGAACUAUUGAUUAUCUUUACUCUGGGCUGUAAUUUUCAGAUGGGAUUGCCAAGAGUCAGCCCUGGGGAGGCCGAGGUUCUCACACAGAAUUCUCCAUCUUCUUCCAGGUGGUAUUUCUGUCUGACUCUUUCUGGCAUCUCUCUGAUUGCAGCACUGAUGAAAAUGGCUUUGUCCCUAGACUCUUCCAUUUCACCUCCUUAUCUGCUUCAUCUCCGACCAGCUGCUCACUCCUUGCUCCGAAUACACAACGUUAGAGCCUCUGACAGUGGAAACUCGUGUUAUUUCCAAGAUGGCAACUUCUAUAAGAAAGCCUUAUUGGAGCUGAAGGUUGCAGCACUGGGCUCUGACCUUCGCAUUCAAGUGAUGGGCCAUGAGAAUGGGGGGAUCCACUGGGGAUGCGAGUCCACCAGCUGGUAUCCCCAGCCCCAGAUUCAGUGGAGAGAUGCUGAGGCCCAGAGCAUGCCAGCUGCCGCAGCACCUCUGGCUGCAGAUGGAGCAUGCCUGUACGCAGUCACAUCAUCUCUAAUCAUGAAAGGCGGCUCUGGAGAAGGGGCAUCUUUCAUCAUCAGAAAUCCCCUCCUCAACCAGGAAAAGACAGCCCGGAUUUCCAUCGCAGACCCCUUCUUCAGGAGGGCCCAGCGCUGGAUCGCUGCCUUUGCAGGGACCCUGACGGUCUGUCUGCUGCUUCUCGCUGGAGCUGGUUACUUCCUGUGGCUACAGAGGAAGGAAAAAGAGGCUCUAUUCACGGAGAAAGAAAGAGCGAAAAAGGAAAAAGAAGCAACUUGGGCAGAAAACGAGCAAGAACAAAGAAUAAAAGAGUGGAGAAAGGUCCAGUACAUGACUCAUGGGGAGAAGUCUCAAACCUAUCCAGAGUGGAAGAAGGUCCUCUUCCAAGCUAACGAUGUGCUUUUGGAUCCCAACACAGUGAACCCCAUCCUGCUCAUGUCUGAUGACCAGAGGAGCCUGCAGCGGGCAGAGGAAUGCCGAAAUCUGCCAGACAGCACCAAGUGAUUUGAUUGGCACUACUGUGUGCUUGGCUGCAAGAGGUUCACGUCAGGGAGACGUUACUGGGAGGAGGAGAUUGGGGACAGGAAAGAGUGGCAUGUGGGGAUGUGCAGGGAGGACGUGGAAAGAAAAUGCUGGAUUGAAAUGAGCCCGAAGAAUGACUUCUGAACUAUAGGGCUGUCUGAGGAGAAUGACUACCCGGCUCUCACUGAGCCCCGGACCAAACUGACAGUUGCCAGCCCUCCUGAAAAAGUGGGGGUUUUCCUGGACUAUGAGACUGGUGAAGUCUCCUUCUACAACACUGUGGCUGGAUCUCAUAUCUACACCUUCCCACACACCUCCUUCUCCAGGCCUCUGUGGCCUGUUUUCAGGAUUUUGACUUUGGAACCCACUGCCUUGACCAUUUGCCCAGUGUCAACAGGAGGAGGGAGUCCUGGUGUUCCUGACCAAGUGCCUGACAUUUCUCUGGAAACCCCAGUGGUCCUGACCUCAGCUGAAGAGAAUGGAGAGCCUCAGGCUGAAGUCACAUCCUUGCUUCUCCCUGCCCAGCCUGCAGCUGAGGUCUCUUCCCUAACAGCAGCGACAAAUCGCAACCAUAAAAUGCUAAAGGCACAUACAGCGUGA